AUGGCGGAGGAGAAGGCUGUUGAGAUGGUGGCAUUGGAAUGUCUGGGGAAAGGGUUUGAUAUGGCUAGUGAUUUUCGGUUGAGGUUUGCAAAGGGGAUUCGUGGAGGGAGGUUGGUGGUGCUUGAUGAGCAGAACAAGAGGGACAUCUUGAUUCCUGGAACUGGAGGAGUUACCAUUAAAGAGGUUUCUGAGAAUAUUCGGUGCGACAAAGGGGAUAGAAUACGCUUCAAGUCUGAUGUGCUUGAAUUCAAUCAGAUGUCGGAGUUGCUUAAUCAGAAAUCGGCAGUGCAGGGGAAAGUUCCUUCUGGGUAUUUUAAUGCGCUUUUUGAUUUGAGUGGUGAUUGGUUUCGUGAUGCUGCUGACACUAAAUACCUUGCUUUUGAUGGGUAUUUCAUUUCACUCUACUAUUUGCACCUCACUGCUUCUCCACUCAUACUGCAAGAAGAGGUAAAGAAAUCUGUUCCGGCUCAGUGGGAUCCAGCCUCAUUGUCUAGGUAA